AUGGACAGCGUUCAGCCUAACCAGGCUCUCCUGGACGCCAGCGAUCCCACAGAGCGUCAUUUUGCUGCCACACACAAGCGCUCAACGGACGGGGUGUACGUCGUCGAGUAUCCCUUCAAGGAGAAGGCAACGCCUAUUGAUUCGACCUUGCCACAGGCCAUCAAUCGCUUCUUCUCGCUGGAACGCAAAUUUCGUCGGCAUCCAAAAUUGAAGCAGCAGUACGAAGCCUUCCUGGACGACUACUUGCAACGUGGACAUAUGGAACAACUGACCUCGGCUCAGGUUGAGGAGUCCCCAGACACCUGCUUCUAUUUGCCGCACCACGCUGUCAUCAAACUGGACAGUACCAAAUGUCGUGUAGUUUUUGAUGGAUCAGGAAAGGACAGCUCUGGAGUAUCGCUCAAUGACAGACUACAUAUUGGUCCACCGAUUCAACGCGAUCUUCUUGGCGUUUGUCUACGCUUCCGGCAGCACCAAUAUGUUUUAUGCGCAGAAGUUGAAAAGAUGUUUCGAGGCAUUAGAAUCUUUAAGCCACACACCAAUUUUCAGCGCAUUGUUUGGCGCAAGACUGAGAAUGAACCUCUGCUUCAUUUUCGCCUGCUGACGGUUACCUACGGAUUGGCACCGUCACCAUUUCUGGCUGUUCGAGUUCUAAAGCAACUUGCCGACAAUCAUGGCCAUGAAUACCCUGCAGCAGCUCACGCUCUUCUGCACGAUGCCUAUGUGGACGAUAUCCCUACAGGCGCCAACACAUUCGAGGAGCUUAUGAUUCUCAAGGACGAGUUUAUAGCCCUCUUGGAUAAGGGAAAAUUCAAGCUACGCAAAUGGAGUUCUAAUAGUUGGCGUCUUCUGAAAUCAUUACCAGAGGAAGAUAGAUGUUUUGAACCUAUCCAGCUCCUCAACAAAUCAGCUGCAGAUUCACCUGUCAAAGUUCUUGGUAUCCAAUGGAACCCUGGAAAGGACGUUCUGUAUCUCAACCUAAAUGGAUGCGAUGCGACCAUUUCUCCGACGAAAAGAGAACUCUUGUCUCAGCUAUCAAGAAUUUAUGAUCCGCUUGGACUGGUAGCGCCGGUCACAGUUCUACUCAAGCUAAUCUUCCAAGAAAGCUGGACAAGUGACCUGCAGUGGGACGACCCCAUUCCUGAAAGUCUACGUACGCGCUGGAGAGCCUUAGUAGAGGAUUUGCCAGCACUUACGCAAUGCCAAGUACCACGGUAUAUUGCGUCACCAUUUCGAGAUGUUCAACUACACGGAUUCGCCGACGCAUCCUCGCACGCCUACGGUGCGGUAGUUUACGCUCGAGUUGCAGUUGGAUGCAGCUUUCAAGUAACUCUAGUUGCCACCAAAACACGGGUGGCCCCGAUCAAGCCCGUAUCAAUUCCACGUUUGGAGCUAAACGCUGCGUUACUUCUAUCUCGAUUGCUGUCUAUUGUCAAAGCAUCACUAACAAUUCCUCUUUUCAGCACGAGCUGCUGGACAGAUUCAGAAAUUGUGCUACACUGGCUUUCAGCUCCCCCUCGACGGUGGAACACCUACGUCUGCAACCGAACUUCUGAGAUAUUGAGCGACUUUCCCCGUAGCUGCUGGAACCAUGUUCGCACGGAAGACAAUCCUGCUGAUUGUGCUUCCCGAGGACUUCAUCCGUCAAAGCUUCUGAAGCAUCGACUGUGGUGGAAAGGUCCGUCCUGGCUGGCCACACCCACCUCUGAGUGGCCACCUUCUACAAGCAAGUUCAGCGUAUCUUCAAGUUUCGAUGUCAACACCGAAGAACGAGCCAUAAAGCCCACGACUCUACAUAACUUUCCUGAUGAAAGUAUACACGAGUUACUCAUCCACAAAUUCUUAACCUGGACGCGUCUUAUAAGGGUAUCUAGCUACUGUCAUCGCUUUAUUCACACUCUUCGAUCUCAUCAUAGGAAUUCGGCAACAUUCCUUACGUCUGAAGAGUUGCUGGACGCACAGCGCCGACUUAUUCGACAUGUGCAACAACACAUGUUGCCAGAGAAUAUGCGCAGCUAG